AUGCUUAGAUUUGCUCGUCAGUUUUCGUCGUCAAGACAUGUCUUGAAAGGUCAGAACUUGACCGAGAAGAUCGUACAAACCUACGCUGUUGGCUUGCCCCAGGGCAAGAAAGUGAAUUCUGGCGACUAUGUGUCGAUACAACCGGCUCACUGUAUGUCGCACGACAAUUCGUGGCCCGUGGCUCUCAAAUUCAUGGGUCUAGGUGCUUCGCAAGUAAAAGACCGUAAGCAAAUUGUCAACACACUGGACCACGACGUACAGAACACCACGGAAAAGAACCUGACCAAAUACAAAAACAUCGAGAAUUUCGCCAAGAAACAAGGAAUCAAUUUCUACCCGGCUGGCCGUGGUAUAGGCCAUCAGAUCAUGAUAGAAGAGGGCUAUGCGUUUCCUUUCAACUUGACCGUGGCCUCAGACUCGCAUUCCAACACGUACGGUGGUAUUGGGUCGUUGGGAACGCCAAUUGUGCGCACAGACGCCGCAGCCAUCUGGGCCACGGGCCAAACCUGGUGGCAGAUCCCUCCCGUGGCCCAAGUUGAGCUUCGAGGCGAGUUGCCCCACGGAAUCUCGGGCAAAGACAUCAUUGUCGCGCUGUGCGGUCUUUUCAACAAGGAUCAGGUCCUAAAUCAUGCCAUUGAGUUUACCGGUAGCUCUUUGGACAAAAUUCCUGUGGACUACAGACUCACCAUCGCCAACAUGACCACAGAAUGGGGUGCCCUGUCGGGUUUGUUCCCCGUGGACCAAACUCUGAUCGAUUUCUAUCGUCAAAGACUGCAAAAAGUGGGCCCCAACCACCCUCGUGUCAACGAGCAACGUAUCAACGAAUUGGCCCAGAAAGCAGACAUUUUCAAGGCCGAUGAAGAUGCCGUUUACGCCAAGAAACUGGUUAUCGACCUCAGCACUUUGACUCACUACGUUUCGGGUCCAAACAGCGUCAAGACCUCGGCUACCGUCCAGGAUUUGUCGCAGCAGAACAUCAAAGUGAACAAAGCGUACCUCGUGUCCUGCACAAACUCUCGUCUAAGCGAUCUAGAAGCCGCAGCUCACGUCGUUUGUCCCACGGGCGACUUGAACCAAAUCAACAAAGUCGCUCCUGGCGUCGAAUUCUACGUUGCAGCUGCCUCUUCAGAGGUCGAGGCGGACGCCAAGGCUUCCGGGGCUUGGGAAAAGCUAUUGCGUGCCGGUUGCAAGACCCUCCCUGCUGGCUGUGGUCCUUGUAUCGGCCUUGGAACUGGUCUUUUGGAACCUGGCGAGGUUGGUAUCAGUGCCACUAACCGUAACUUCAAAGGUAGAAUGGGGUCCAAGGACGCUCUGGCGUACCUUGCGUCUCCUGCAGUGGUCACCGCUUCUGCCGUUCUGGGCAAAAUCGGGUCUCCUGCUGAGGUUUUGCACGAGCAAGAUCCGGCCUUCAAUGGCGUCUCUGGAUGGGUCGAGGAGUUGCCAGCAGAUGAUGCGGAAGCUGCUGCGACCCAGACAGGUCCCGUUGAGAUGCUAAAGGGCUUCCCAUCGCGCAUCACGGGUGAGCUAGUGCUAUGUGACGCUGACAACAUCAACACCGACGGUAUCUACCCCGGCAAAUACACUUACCAGGACGAUGUGUCGCGCGAGAAGAUGGCCCAGGUGUGCAUGGAAAACUACGACGCUGAAUUCCAGACUAAGGUCAAAGCCGGCGACAUCGUCGUCAGCGGUUUCAAUUUCGGUACAGGUUCGUCCAGAGAACAAGCCGCCACUGCGCUUUUGGCUAAGGGCAUCGACCUAGUGGUCUCGGGCUCCUUCGGUAACAUUUUCUCCAGAAACUCGAUCAACAACGCUCUUUUGACGCUAGAGAUCCCAGCGCUGAUCCAGAUGUUGCGCGAAAAAUACCAGGACGCUCCUAAGGAGCUCACAAGAAGAACUGGUUGGUUUUUGCAGUGGGACCUGCCCAACAGCACUGUCACUGUCACUGAGGGCUCCUUGGACGGCCCUGUCGUCCUGGAACAGAAAGUUGGCGAACUAGGCAAGAACUUACAAGAAAUUAUCGUAAAAGGCGGCCUUGAAGGCUGGGUUAAAUCUCAGCUUUAG